CCACCUUUCUACACCCAAGGUAUGCUAUGGUCUCCCGCGUCAGUUCUCGUGAACGACCAAGGCCUCUAGUAUCAGAAUCAAUUAUUGAUGCUCCUAGUCAGCGACUUUACGCCAUUGGCGUGCUUGUAGCGCUUCAAGCUUACAAAAUUUACGAUCUUUUUAGGUUAGGAACUAGUAGUUUUAUAGAGGGUUCAAAAACGAGUUUUUUGGUAAAAUGGAUACUAAUAGACGCAUUAUAUUUGCAAAUAUUACCUCGUUUUCGUAUACCCUGGCUUUCGUUUCAACCUACCACAACGAUUUUGCAGAUUGUCGCUUUUGCUGCGGUUAACGUGCUAUUGGUUUCCAUUACUAGUUUACGGGUUGUAACUCUUGGAAGUAUAAUUUUUCCAUAUUGGAAGCAAAAGGAGUACGCGAUCGCAGAACAUAAAAUAAAUCCUAGGUCUGUACUUCAUAAUUCUUCCCGGAUUUUAGGUCAAUAUACUGUCCAAAUCCUCCCAGAGGGCACUGCAAAAUUAAAUCCUAAUAACCAACAUUUCUGUUUGCCCGAAAAUGACAAAAGUGGUUUCGUCGAAUUCGCCGUUCAGUUUAAUUCGACCACUCCGAAAUCAAUUGUGUAUUCCUACAGAGACUUUUCCUCUGAUAUAGAAAAUGAAAUUGAGAUUUCUGGCCGUUCUUUGAAAAAGCUUAUCUCAACUGGUAUGCGGAAUCCCAAAGAUGCUCGUUUGCAGACUAUUUAUAUUAAAGCCAACAAACAUGGCCUUUAUAAACUGAAAAAAGUCGUCGAUAAAUCGAAUUUGGGCGUUCGGGUUGUUCGCUCCGAAGCUGUGGUCGUUGAUUGCCCUUCAGCGGUUUUUGCUUCCUCUAAACCUAGUGAUCGAGCUCAUGAGAAAUGUGUGGGCGACGAAGAUUCCAUCGAAUUAGACGUAUUCGGUGUACCUCCCUUAAAGGUUGCUUACAAAACAUGGGACGGAAAGCGAUCAUAUAGUCACUUUAUCGAUUCCGUCGUUCCAAAGGAUUACCGUUUGCAUCCUCUUAUGCUCUCUAACAAUCCUCAAGAUAUUGCAUUUUAUAAAGGAUUAGAUGUACAGUAUGCACAUUCUUCUAAAGUUCAAAUUCCUAUCACUGCUCCUUUAGAAACAUAUGGGGAAUGGCUGUAUGCAAUUGAAAAUGUCACUGAUGUCUUUGGAAACACUUACGUCUUCCCUUCUGUUGAAGAGUUUUUCGCAAAAUAUUCCACUAACGAAGAUCAGCCUGACCAAUUGUCUAGUCACACUUACAAAGUACUCGUCCAUCAGAGACCUGAAGUCAAAUUCCGUGAAUGUUCACUUGAAAAUCCUGCCAACCUUUUCCCCGGAAAAGAGGUUUCUUUGUCAAUUGCUACAUCCUAUAAGUUCCCGGAUGACUUGCAAGUUUCACUUAAUCGAUAUGAUUUAGGUUUAGAUCCACAAAACCUCACAGUUGCCCCUAACUCUCAAAAUGUAUUUAAGCUAGAGCCUCAUUCGUCAUUUAUAAAAGUUAAAGAAACUGGUAUAUAUGUGCUUUCUGGUGUUUCUUCGAAAUAUUGUUCAGGAGAUGUUUUAGUACCAAAUACUUGUUUGGUUGUGACACCUCCUGAAACCAAGCUGCAUGUUGGAUUUGAGGAAAUCUCGGAUCAGUGUGCUGGUUCUAUAGGUGCACGUGCCGAUCUUGAGUUUGAAGGCACACCUCCCUUUAAGGUUGCUUAUCGGAUGAUCAAAGACAAUAAAGCUUCUCGAGUACAAUAUGUCACGACUGAUCGUACACGCUAUCAGCUAAAUUUUACUCCUAAAAAGUCAGGAAAAUACCGCUACGUUAUUUUAGGAGUAGAAGAUGCUAACUACGGAUACAAAGAACUUGCUGGCGCUGCUUACAGUAAAGAGCAAACUGUUUUCCCUUUGGCUGAUGCUGCUUUUGAAGAAAAUAUGAACGGAGAAAUGAGUUCAAUAGUUAAAAGCUGCUGUAUUGGCGAUACUAUGAAAAUUCCUGUUUCAUUAGUUGGCUCAUCUCCAUGGAAGCUCGAGUACGAAAUUCUUAGAAACAACAAACGUGAAAGCAUUCAAGUUGUUGAGUCUAAGAGUCAACGCUACAUAAUAGAGACUCCAGCUCUUAUACACGGAUCUCAAUAUACUAUCACUUUAGUAAGCGUUGAGGAUGCGAAUGGCUGUAAGCGUGCUUUGAAUACCGCUGAUACGAUCAUUAAAGUACGUCGUCAAAGACCCACUGCUACAUUUUAUUCCUCUGACGAAAGCUAUCGUUUAGAGUCUGUGGAAAACUCUUUGCUAUCUAUUCCUUUGAGACUUGCUGGUGAAAAGCCUUGGUAUAUUGAGUACGAUCAUGUGUCUCCGGACAAUAAAACUACUCGCAAUCAAGCCGUUUUCUAUGAUCCAAAUAGCCAUCUAAACGUUAACAAAGCAGGAACGUACUCAUUAGUUUCCGUAAGGGAUAGCUCUUGCCCGGGAUCCAUUCAGAAUUCCUUACAAACUUAUGAAGUUGAAUGGCUUCCUAAGCCCUCUUUGUCUAUGCCUUCGGAGCCUUCCUGGAAAAGUUCGAAUGCCUACCACUACGAACAAGAACCCGUUUGUGCUGGUGACAGUAGUGCAUUUGAUAUUGAGCUUAAAGGUGCCAGUCCAUAUCUUUUGGAGUAUGAAAAGUCUCUAGUAGAAGAAAAUGGCAAGCAUCAUUCGAAGCAACGAUCAGAAGUAUCUACUAUGCAAAGUUCCAUUCUACUGAAAACAGAAACUUCACUGUUUGGUACAUAUACAUAUGAAUUUCUUCGUUUGUCGGAUGCCUUGUAUGACAAAGUAGAGGCGCGAAUAGUGGAUGAAUCAGGCUUGCACAGAGUGAUUAUUCACCAGAAGGUAAAUAAGUUACCUGUAGCUUCGUUUUUGGAUUCCAAUAAGCUUUACACAUUCUGUAUACAUUCUGACAGUAAUUACUCAAAGGAACAACAGAUUGGUGUGAAAUUGAACGGCAAAGGACCGUUUAUUUUAGGAUUUGAAAUCAAAAACGAGAUGACGGGAGCUGUUAAUAAAAUAACAGUGAAUGAAGUGUUUGGGCCCAUUUACAAAUUUAUAUUUCCCAAAGAUCAAUUAACGCUUGGAAAGCAUACAGUGCGCUUGCUGCAUGUGCAAGAUGCCAAUGGAUGUCAAUCUAGUAUUCCCAAAGAAGAUCCAUUUGUAACGGUAAGUGUUGCAGAAAAGGCUUCCAUGGUUCCAAUUGAAUCUCAUGAAUAUUUCUGUGUCGGAGAUCGACUUUCUUAUGCUUUGCAAGGAGUGCCGCCCUUUGAAAUAGAUUAUGAAUUUAAUGGGAAUAAAAAACAUGCAAAAAGCAACCAGCAUAUUUUCACAAGAAUAGCUGAGUUCCCUGGUUUGGUGACUAUGAAAUCGAUAUCCGACCAAGGAAGUCCUUGCCGCGCUGAACUUGAUCCUCCGAUUCAAAACCAAGUGUAUGACAUUCCAACAGUAAGGGUUAGUGACGGUGGAGAGGUGAUUGAAAAUAUUCACGAAGGUGAUCAAGCGGAAAUCUCGUUUCACUUUACAGGUAUCCCUCCCUUUUCCUUUACGUAUUGUCGAAGAGCCAUUGGAAGGAAAGGACCUGGUAAGAUUUUGGAAAUGCACACAAUCACUGGAAUUUAUGAUUAUGAAUAUAAGGUAUUAAGUUCAACGGAAGGUGUAUAUACUGUGUUAAGCGUCCAAGAUAAGUAUUGUCGCUAUCCUCGUGAUUCAUCUCCCUUGAGUACAUAAAUGAAAACAAACUUGCUUUAUAAGCAAGCUUUGGUUUGGGAUAUGGUAAUAUUCUAUGAAAUAGAAAUGAAAUAAAAAAAAAAGGUCUUUUUAUAUUUUCCCGGUGUCUCUUAAUGAACCUUUUUCUCAUCUUACUCCUAUGUAACCACCUAGCUAUAUUACUGAAUUGAUGCCUACUGAAACUAUUCGGUUUUCAGAGAGAAAC